CGUCAGUUGCCGUAUUGACUAGUGUAGUGCGAUCCACCAUAGCUGUCAGUUGACGAUUUUUUUUGUGGAUAGCCGAGAGGACGAGAGGCAGUGCGGUUGGUGCCCGUGCGAGCUCAAGAGAGUUUCCGUGGGUCUCGUGCAAAAAGGAGAAAGAGGAAACUCGGAGAAGGAGUGAGAAACAAGCGGUGCGUUAGAAGCCGCCGUCGACAGUCAAUCGACAAAUACGGUCGAGUCAUCGCGGCGUUUUUCCCGCCGGAUUUUCGCGAGCACAGGCAGGCGCUAACGAUUCCAGCAGUUUUAUAUUCAGCCGUUCGGUCGUUCGGAUGUGUUGCUAGUGUAUAUAUCACGUGUAAAUACCGACUCCUCCCCGCCGUACAUACAUACGUGCGUGCGUGCGUGUGUGCGUGAAUGCGCGUGUGCUUAUCGUUCAGUGUCUCGGGAUCAAGGAAUAGGAUCUAGACGAGACGCGUACAUAAUAUCCGCGGAAAGUGUGUGUGUGAUAAAUAUACAGGAGAAGAGAGGAAGAGAUAUUGUACGGCAAGACGUAGUCGAGAAGAGAAGAGGAAGAUGAGCAAGACGUGCGCUCGCUGUGAGAAGACGGUCUAUCCGAUCGAAGAGCUCAAAUGCCUCGACAAGAUAUGGCACAAGCAAUGUUUCAAGUGCCAGGGCUGCGGUAUGACCCUGAAUAUGCGGACGUACAAAGGUUUCAACAAACAACCAUAUUGCGAGGCACACAUACCAAAAGCCAAAGCUACCACGAUGGCGGAGACACCGGAGCUAAAGCGUAUCGCGGAGAACACGAAGAUACAGAGUAAUGUGAAAUACCAUGCUGAGUUUGAGAAGGCGAAGGGAAAAUUUACGCAGGUAGCGGACGAUCCAGAGACUCUCAGAAUCAAGCAGAACAGUAAGAUAAUCUCGAAUGUCGCUUAUCACGGCGACCUCGAGAAGAAGGCGAUCAUGGAGCAAAAGAGGACAAUGACGGGAGAAAAUGGCGAACAAAUUGAAUAUGUAGAGUACACAGACGGUACGAUCGCCCCUGCAUCGAGUUUAAACGCCAAUCCGCCGCCUCCAAGAACGGCGAAUUCGCCGGUACAGAGGACACCAGGUAGGAUCGCUGAUUACGAUCCCCUUAGUGAACCGAGGCCGAGUCCUUAUUCCGCAAGGCAAGCUGCCACUACUGUCAUUUACACGAGCGAUAAGGGACCAGUGACGAAUCCACCGACACGAAAAAUCGGCUCUGUUGCUGACAUCGAUCCAGUAAACGAAUAUUACGGAUCGUUAACGCCAGCCACAACAAUAAACAAUAAUCAGCAUCAACUUCAGCAUCAACCGCCACCACCGCCCCCUAAUGUUGGGAGAGUGUACAGAGCGAUGUAUGACUACGAGGCUCAAGACCUUGAUGAAGUGAGUUUUUGCGAUGGCGAUUUGAUUAUCAAUUGCACAGCCGUCGACGAGGGAUGGAUGACCGGAUUGGUGCAGCGUACAGGGCGACACGGCAUGCUACCUGCUAAUUAUGUUGAACCGGCGCAGAUUUAAAUAUUCGUUUUUCAUAUCGAGCUUCUAUUCGCUAACUAACUAUUAUCGUUAUUUAGAUCGCAACGCGCUUAAUCGGUGCGUUUUGAAGGAAAAGACAGUAAAAAAAAAAUGCGCGAUACAAUACUCGAGGUAAUGCUUCUAUCCAGUUCUUGUUUAUUCGUUUCAUCGAAUAAUUUUAGGAGAUCAGAUACCGAAAUGUUUCAUGGAGAAACUUUAAUUUUUUGAUUCUAAUAUAUAAAUUUUCGAUCAUUUUUAUCUUGAUAUCACAUUGAUGUCUAUUUGGAUAAAGUCGAGUUUCUCUAAAAUACACCGAUAGGAGAGAGACAAAUAGAUUUGUGAAUUAUAAAUUUUGAAGUCAGUUUUAUAAAUACUCCAAAACGCGUUUUUUAUGAAUAUUUCAAUUUGACGCUAGUACUCUUCAGCAACCGACUUCCAAAUGACAAUAUACAUGUAUAAUUUUUACAUGUGUAGAAUUCCAUAAUGGGACCAAACUCUAUAUAACUGCGAUAAAUUAUGCCAAUUAAAAUUAGAAUUCUGACAGCUCAUUGAGCGAUAUAUGUACAGUGCUAAUUAGCAAUUAGAAAGAGCCAAGUAUAAAAGAUGUCUUUGCGAAUUAUUUUUUUACGAAGCGUUUUAUUUCUUUGUUAUUACACAGUUCACAGUUAUUAAAUUAACGUUAUUUCUUUGCUUCGAUAUUCCUUUUCUUGAAUAACUUGGCAAAUUUUAAUUUUAUGAUUAAAAUAUCAAAAAAAUAUUUAUUAAUUUGAUUCAAUGAAAAGACAUUUUAAGAGUUUUUCUGUUGAUCAUUUUAUUACUGACGAAAAGACUGUGUUACUUGCUAUAUUCGAUAUAAGCUGCAACUCUUAUAUCAAUUAAUCAAAUUUUUAUAUUUCUGAUCAUUUUGCAUUCAUAGCUAAUGCUUGAUAUUCUUAUAGAUAAAGGAUCAUUACUUAUCGUCUAUCCGAUUUCUAUUAUUUCUUUCGAAGAUAUUCAUAAAAUACUAUUUCAUUCGUUAUAAUACAUAAUUUUUUUUUUCUAAUAACAAAUAGAGUUCCAAAAUUUACACAUUUAUAUUUGUAAAAAACCUAUACAAUGUGCCUUAUACACAUAUAGACUGUUAAUUAGCAGUAUGGAUAUCUUUUAUAUAGCCGCAUGAAAGAGUACACUAUUAUUUGUAAUACGAAGAUUUUUACUACGCAACAAUUUGCCACACUAAUGUAGUCUGAUUAGUGUAUGUAAAAUAAUCAGGAUACAAAAAGUUCUAAAAGUUGACCAAAUUAAAAUAAUGGAGAACAUAAUAUUGUUGAUGCGAGAAAUGCUGACACUUGCCUUCCUUUCUAACUACGAAAAGCAUGAGAAUAAUCGUUAAAUAUCGUUAUUGAUUUCCAAUUAACGACAAUUAAUCAAUAUUUACCAUAUAGCUUUUAAGUUUUAUCUCAUACGGCCCACACUUGUACGCUUCGCAUUUCGAAAGUUGCAUUUACAUUUAUAAAUGUUGAUGUAAGUUAUUGUAUUAUUUGGCGACUCUGAGGUUACCGAAUAAUUCGAAAAUUUUUAAUUGAAAGUACACGAUCUGUAUUUAUAUCCAACAAUUUUUUUUUUAAAUUCAUAUUUCAAGAGCACAAUAUUAGCCGUAUUGACUAGCAUGACAUUUUUAGUUUAGCUGAUUGCCUUUGUAUUAAGGCGUAAAAAUCGCGGCUAAAUUGCGAUAAAACGUUGUGUUGCCAUCACAAGGUGUUUCUUAGUGCCUUAUCGGAUUUGUCAUUGUUUCUAAAUUAAUAUUAAACUGAUUCCUCAGAAAUGUAUUUACAUCGCAUUUACCUGAAUAGACGGAUUAUAUUGUGAAACGACAUCCGAUGGAAUUAUGCAGAUUAACGACACAUGUAAAGGAAUAAAAUAAUUUGUUGUUUGCACGCCACGCGUGAUGUCGUUCGACUUCGUUUAUAAGUAAAGAGAAUGAUAUUUUUGGAAAUAUGUUACUCAGCACUUUUGUAAUUAUUAGAUCGCUGAUAAGAGAAUUUCAAAUUUUAAUUGCAAGAUACAGAAAUAUAUAUUAGCGUUGUGUUUAGACAAAUAAUAUUAUAUUAUCGUAUCAAAUCAUAAAUAAUGAAUAUGUAUAUGUUAUAUAAAUCUAUGAUUUAUUAAUUGCAAA